AUGAAGCCCAGCUGGCCCGAGUUCCCCAAGGGGAAGGAUUCCAACGUCACUACCCCCGAGGAGGGCAAGCAGGUGGAGGACGUGGUGGUGGCCGAGAUUGACUACGAGGACCAGCACCUGCAGAGUGCGGCGCUGCUGAAGGAGGUGGCGGGAAAGUACGAUGCGUGGCUGGCGGCGAAGGGUGUUGCGGAGGGGAAGAGGGGGGAGAUGUUGAGCAGGAAGGAGCUGGUGGAGGGGUUUGCGAGGGAGGAGUUGGGCAUCUAUUUGUAG